GCGGAGGAGCCGGGGAGGGGCUCCUUAAAGAAACGCUGCUGUCGCUCGCCUGCUCGCUUCUCGCUCGGCAUUGUGGCCAGCCAGCCGGGCACUCGGGGGCACGCGCGGCUGCCGCUCGAGCUCUGCCCCCGCCCCGCCCUCCCGCAGCCCGGGGUGGGGACCCAGGCGGGGGCUCCUGCAGCCACUGCCCGGCGCGGACCGCGCGGAGCGACCCACUCCUCCCGGCGCCGAGAAGGGAGCCACGGAGCCCUCUGCAGCCGGCCGGCCUCCCCGCCCCUGACCACUCGCUUCCCGGCCGCCUUUGUGGACGCAGCCUCUCGCCGCCGAGCCGAGGGCCGGCGGGGGCGCGGCGCGCACGGCUAAGCGAUGCCCAGCUCGCUGUUCGCAGACCUGGAGCGCAACGGCAGCGGCGGCGGCGGCGGCGGCGGCGGGGGCGGCGGCAGCGGAGAGACCCUGGAUGACCAGAGAGCCCUGCAGCUCGCUCUCGACCAGCUCUCCCUGCUGGGGCUGGACAGUGACGAGGGCGCCUCUCUGUACGACAGCGAGCCGCGCAAGAAGAGCGUGAACAUGACCGAGUGCGUGCCGGUGCCCAGUUCUGAGCACGUCGCGGAGAUCGUGGGGCGGCAAGGUUGUAAAAUCAAAGCGCUGCGGGCGAAGACCAACACUUACAUCAAGACCCCGGUUCGCGGGGAGGAGCCUGUCUUUGUUGUGACGGGCAGGAAGGAGGAUGUGGCCAUGGCUCGGAGGGAGAUCAUCUCUGCCGCGGAGCACUUCUCCAUGAUACGCGCCUCGCGGAAUAAGAACACUGCGCUCAACGGCGCAGUGCCCGGGCCGCCCAACCUCCCCGGGCAGACCACCAUCCAGGUGCGGGUGCCCUAUCGCGUGGUGGGGCUCGUGGUGGGGCCCAAGGGCGCCACGAUCAAGCGCAUCCAGCAGCAGACGCACACGUACAUCGUGACGCCCAGCCGCGACAAGGAGCCGGUGUUCGAGGUGACCGGCAUGCCCGAGAACGUGGACCGAGCUCGCGAGGAGAUCGAGGCGCACAUCGCCCUGCGCACCGGCGGCAUCAUCGAGCUCACAGACGAGAACGACUUCCACGCCAACGGAACGGACGUGGGCUUUGAUCUGCACCACGGGUCCGGCGGGUCCGGCCCGGGCAGCCUCUGGAGCAAGCCCACCCCCAGCGUCACGCCCACCCCCGGCCGCAAGCCCUUCUCCAGCUACCGCAACGACAGCUCCAGCUCUCUGGGCAGCGCCUCCACGGACUCUUACUUCGGCGGGGGAACCAGCGGCAGCGCCGCCGCCACCCCGCGCCUGACGGACUACAGCCCCCCCAGCCCCGCGCUCGGCUUUGCGCACAACGGAAACAACGGCAACGGCAACGGGUACUCCUACGCGGCGGGGGAAGCGUCCGUGCCUUCCCCCGACGGCUGCGCGGAGCUGCAGCCCGCCUUCGACCCGGCUCCCGCCCCCCCGCCCGGGGCGCCGCUUCUCUGGGCGCAGUUCGAGCGGCCCCCGGGCGGCGGGCCCGCGGCGCCGGCGUCGUCGUCCUGCUCUUCCUCGGCGUCUUCGUCCGCCUCGCCGACCUCCGUGGUCUUCCCCGGGGGCGGCGCCAGCGCGCCCCCCAACGCCCACCUGGGGCUGCUCGCGCACCGCCGGCUGCACCCGGGCGCCAGCUGCCCGCGCUUGUCGCCGCCCUUGCACGCGGCCCCGGGGCCGGGCGAGCACCACCUGGCCCGCCGGGUGCGCAGCGACCCGGGCGGCGGCGGCCUGGCCUACGCCGCCUACGCCAACGGGCUGGGGGCGCCGCCUCCGGGCCUGCAGCCGUCGGACACCUCGGGCUCCUCGUCGUCGUCCAGCUCCUCGUCCAGCUCCUCCUCCUCCUCCUCCUCCUCGGGACUGCGGCGCAAGGGCAGCCGCGACUGCUCCGUGUGCUUCGAGAGCGAGGUGAUCGCCGCGCUGGUGCCCUGCGGCCACAACCUCUUCUGCAUGGAGUGCGCCAACCGCAUCUGCGAGAAGAGCGAGCCGGAGUGCCCGGUGUGCCACGCCGCCGUCACGCAGGCCAUCCGCAUCUUCUCCUGAAGGCCCGCGCGCCUGCGCGCACCGCUCGCGGGCCGGCCCCCCC